AUGAGUACCAGUAGCAUCAAAAUUGGCCAACGACUCAAAGGAAAGCUCGGAAGUUAUCUCAUCUCCGACCAAGUCGCAAAACACAUCUGGAGAGCGACAAAAACCGAUGAGCCGACCAGGAACUUCGUAAUCAACACAGCUCCUCAAUCACGACUUGAAAAUGAGCGAGACAUUCUCAAACAUUACCGCGAUAAUAAGUAUGUUCGUCAGCUAGCGGAUGAAACGAAAGACCCUCCAGCGUUAGUUCUGCAACAUUUUGAUGAUAAUUUGUUGGAUGCGUCGAAUAAGAAGACUCUGGGGAGUGCGGAUGUGAAGUUUGUUGCUAAAAGUGUACUGAAAGCAUUGAAAGCAUUACAUGGGGAUGGGUAUACUCAUACAGAUAUAAAACCUGACAACAUUCUUGUCAAUUAUUCGAGUGCGGAAAGUACUGAUAUGCGUUUCAAUGACGUCCAGCUGGCUGACUUUGGCGACGUUACUCGGAUUGACGCAAAAGAAUACCUCAAGAUUGGAUUACCUGGGCCACUCAUGGGCGCUGCAAUAUUUCGAAGCCCUGAGGCGAUAUUGGAACUUAGAUGGGGACAGUCGACUGAGAUUUAG